UUACGGCUUUUAAAUAUAAAACACUUUAUUUCUUGAAUGAAUCGACCUAAAAUAACAUUUGGAGCUAUCAAGCUCAAUGUUGAAAAGAAUUCAUCAAAUGAAAAAGCCAAUGAUGAAACCAAAACAUCAGGUUUUGGAACUUUCAGUAAAGCUAUUGAGGACAUAGAAGAAGAUAUUGAGUCAAAGCAAGUUCAAGAAAUUAUGGGAAUAAGCGGAUUUGGUCGAAAAGCUAAGCAAUUCGAUCUUAACGAAAUGAUUCAAACAGCGAGAAAAAAUGCUCCAAAAGUAGUUGAAAAAGAUCCAGAAACUGAAAUUGGAGAUGAUGGUUCAGUGAUUGGGCCUGUUCCAACCACAAUUACUGAAGAAAAAGCUUCAUCUUCUUCAGUGGUGAAGAAGUCAUCAGAAAAGAAAACGAGUAAAACGCAGAAAGAUUCUGACGAUUCAGAUGAUUCCAACGAUGAAGCUAGUGACGACGAUGAAGAAGACAGUAUUGCAUAUAAAAUACCAGCUUCGCAUGAAAUUGAAAUGCGGCAUGGAAGUAAAGCAGUUACAGCCUUAACUUCUGAUGCGUCUGGAGCUCGCUUAGCUUCUGGUUCUAUCGAUUAUGAACUCAACUUUUGGGAUUUUGCUGGAAUGGACAAUUCAAUGAAAAGUUUUCGAAAGAUUCAACCUUGUGAAAAUCAUCCUAUAAGAUGUCUCCAAUACUCUUUAACUGGAGACACAAUUCUAGUCGUGUCUGGAAAUUCGCAAGCGAAAAUUUUGGAUCGUGAUGGUUUUGAGAAGAUGGAAUGUGUUAAAGGUGAUCAAUAUAUUAAUGAUAUGUCAAAAACAAAAGGACAUAUUGCUGGUCUCACUUAUGGCUGCUGGAAUCCGACAAAACGAGAAGAAUUCUUAACGAGUUCAAUGGAUUCAACAUUGAGACUUUGGAUGGUAAAGUCGAAAGAACAAAAAGUUGUUAUCAAGACAAGAGCUCAAGGUGGACUCAAAACAACUCCAACAUCGUGCACUUUUAAUAGAGAUGGCACAUUAAUAGCUGCUGGUUGUGUCGAUGGAUCAAUACAAAUGUGGGAUACAAGAAAAAUGUUUGUGAACACAACACAUUGUGUAAGAGAAGGACAUAAAAAAGGAAGUGAAAUAUCUUCGAUUGUCUUCUCUUAUCUUGGAACGUCAUUGGCGACACGAGGUUGUGAUGAAACGAUGAAAUUAUGGGACAUGCGAGUGCUUAAGAAACCUUUACAUUCCUUCGAUGGGUUAUUUUCGAGAUACGAUACAACUGAUUUGACAUUUUCACCCGAUGAUUCAUUGAUUGUUACAGGAGAGUCAUUAGAAAGAGACAAAGAAUAUGCAAAUCUUUACUUUUAUGACACCAAAACUUUCGAAUUGAUUAAUCAAAUUCCAAUAACAAAUUCUCAUGUUAUAAAAACCAUUUGGCAUCCUAAAUUAAAUCAAAUAUUUGUGGGAUGUGGAAAUGGAGUAAUUAAAGGAUAUUACGAUGACAAAAGAAGCAUGCGUGGUGCAAAGCUUUGCAUAGUCAAGACAUAUCGUAAGAAAAAGCAAAUGGAGAUUGCUGGAAGUAUUCAAGUUAUCACUCCACACGCUCUUCCAAUGUUUCGACAAGAAAAGUCGCGAUCCUUGCGAAAACAAAUGGAAAAAGAUCGAUUGGAUCCAGUUAAGUCUCGAAGACCCGAUUUACCGAUUACUUCAGGUCAAGGUGGUCGUGUGGCCAGUUCUGGUGGAACUUUAAGUUCCUACGUUAUCAGAAACUUAGGUUUAAGCAAGCGAGUUGAUGACGAUCAAGACCCACGUGAAGCUAUUCUCAAAUAUGCUAAAGAAGCUGAAGAAAAUCCUAUUUGGAUUGCACCAGCUUACAAGAAGACUCAACCAAAACCAAUUUUCAAUACUGAAGGCAUGUCACAAAACAACGAAGAGGAACAUCAAAAUUUUGGAUUCAGAAUAAUAAACAUGUGUGCGAUGAGAAUUAUUUUUUUAUCACUGCUGAUGUUGAUAGCAGAGAUUUAUUCAAAUGAAAUUGAUCAUUCGAAUGAGUGUUUGAUAAAUUAUUUACGUAAACAAAAUUACGAUGAUGAAGUUUUUAACAAAACCGCAUAUGUGGAAAGUCUUUCAGAUUCUUGUACAAGAAGAAUUAUUUCUGAGAAAGAUAAUGUCUUCAUGACUGCGCAUCAGAAGUAUGAAAUAAAUGCAGAGUACAAGAGAGACUUUGAUUGCUUUAUGGACUCUGUGAGAAAUGACGAACAGUUUAUUCAUCUUUUAUUGAAAAUGAAAGCAAUUCAAUCAAUUAAACUUAAUUGGAAAGCAAAGCUGAAUCCUAGGAAUUGGUUCAGUGGAAAGAAGAAGAAAGCAUUGAACGAAGUCGAAGACGAGAUACGUGUCAUAGAAUUUGAGAAUCUUUUUAAUUUUCAGUCGUCAUCUGAAUUCUAUAGAACUGUACAAGUUGAAAUGUGGCAAAAAACAUUUCUUAACUGGUUAUUGUUGCUUAUUUUUGGUUUGACGUUCGUUAGUGGGAAUGAAGUCUUAAAAUGUUCAACAGGAAUCAGUUAUCAUCCUGUCGUAUUAUAUUGUUUUAUAAGAAAACCAAUUUACGAAAAAGGAAGCAUAAUUACUAAUUAUACCCUCGAUCCUCCAUCUGACGAUGUUAUUACAGUUUUACAUAUAAAGCAAAACAGAAAUGUAUAUUUCUUGCCUGAUAACAUAUCGGUUGUGUUUCCAAAAUUAGAAAUUUAUGAAGCUAACGAUUGCGUAAUUGAAGAAAUUCACGAACUCAAUUUCUUUGGACUAUCACAUUUAAAAAUACUUAAUUUAGGACACAAUAAAAUUGAACAUAUCGACACAAAUGUUUUCAAUGGAUUGGACAACUUACAAAUUUUGAAAUUGCAUAGCAAUAAAUUGAAGAUAAUUGACGACGGAAUAUUUGCAUCUUUAUCAUCGUUAAACCACUUGAAAUUAUCAAAUAACAAGAUCAAAACUAUCGGAGAAAAUGUUUUUCGUAGAUUGGUCAAUCUCAAAACUUUGGAGUUAGAUGGCAAUCGAUUGGAUAAAUUUGAUGGUGGUUUGCUUGCGAAUUUGUCAUCGUUGGUGUACUUAAAAUUAUCUAACAACAAAAUUAUCCAAAUUGAAGAAAACGCUUUUCAUGGAUUGAACAAAUUAGAGAUUUUGGAGUUAGAUGGCAAUCAAUUGGAUAAGUUGGAGGAUGGUUUGGUUACAAAUCUUUCAUCUUUGCUGCGCCUGAGUUUCACAAACAACACAAUCAAAAAUAUUGACAAAAACUAUUUCAACGGUUUAGACAACUUGGACACUUUGAAUCUUAAUCAUAAUCAAUUGGAUAAAUUAGAGUUUGGCAUACUUGAAAAUCUUCCAUCGUUGGUUCGUCUGAAUUUGGCGCAUAACAAUGUUAAACAGAUUGAAGACAACGCUUUCAAAGGGUUAGCCAUGUUAAAACGUCUUAAUUUAGACCACAAUCUAUUGGAUAAAUUAGACAACAAUAAGUUUUUACAUCUUUCUACGUUGGAGAAUUUGAAAAUAAGAAGCAACGCAAUCAAAUUUAUCGAAGAAAAUGCUUUCAAUGGAUUGGACAACUUAACUUUUCUAGAGUUAAAUGGCAAUAAAUUAAAUAAAUUAGAUGGUGGAAAAUUUAAGGUUUUGUCGUCGCUGGGUGAUCUUGGAUUAGCAAAUAAUGGGAUGAAUCAUAUUGAAGUGAAUGCUUUUAGUGGAUUAAUCUCCUUAACUAACUUGAAUUUAGCAAACAAUCAUUUGGAUAGGUUAGGCCAAGGCAUAUUUGCACCUUUACUAGCACUAAAUCAUCUGACUUUAUCUUAUAACUUAAUUAAUAAUAUUACAAAUGAAGACCUCGAUGGAUUAUCUAACAUGAUAAAUUUAUAUUUGUCUGGAAAUCAAUUGAAAAAAAUUGAAAGUAAUGUUUUCAAUACUUCGAAGAGACUUACGGGGCUUGAUCUGUCAAACAACACAAUCGAAGAAAUGGAUGAAAAUGCUUUCUAUGGUUUGGACAUGUUACACGUUUUGAAUUUAAGUCACAAUAAGUUGAAAGAAAUAAAUUAUGAUUUAAUUGAACCUCUGACAGGAUUACGUGAGCUUCAAUUGGCAAACAAUUCAAUCACAUUUUUCGACGUAAUGAUUUUGAGUAAAAGUCAAACCAAUUUUCCGAAACUUAAAAAGAUAAAUUUAUCAUCGAAUACUUGCAUCAACAAAGACUUUUCCAUUAAAAAACGUGAGUCGUGGGAAAAAGUAAUUCCAAUUAUAAAGGAAAAAUGUCAAGAAAGUGUGCAAACAACAACGUUUUGAUUAUGAAGAAGAAAUGAGACGAUUAAUGACCUUAAGUUUAUAACUUCAUGAUCGAAUAAAUCACAAAUUUUUAGAAGCUCCA